AUGUCGAUGGGAUCGAAACUUCGAUUAGAAGCAAAUUCGAUAAGCACACAACUGAUCAGUAGAGCACAAAAUGAAAACGAAUCUGCAAAUAUUCUUGAAAGUGAUAGUUGCAUUCCUGUGGGAUUUCACUUGAUCACUAUAGCGCUGAAAGAUUUUGGAUGUUUUUUCCAAAAAAGCUCACGCGACCAGUUUUCUUGCGUAGCGUUAUCUAAGAUCAUGUUACCAGUCGCAGUUGUGAUGCUUGAUCUUAUAUACCUGGUUUACACCAUGAUAUCAGUCAGCAAACGCGUUUUACCCGUAUCCAAACGAAGAGAUUUGAUUCGAUCAGUUACUCAUAUCGUGCUAUGGUUUACUGCUAGUAUAGCGAAAAUACAUAUGCUUUAUACAUGGGAACAUUCUUGGAGAAGUUUUGAUUUCAAAGCUAAAAUUCCGAUGAAUUUAUAUUUAGCCCUGAUACUAUGUGUGAUAAACCUUGGCUCAUACAUUGCGGAGAUAUUUUACUUUAAAUAUUUAUAUGUCAGUAUUCGCCUAGUCAGGAAAUCAGUUCUGUUACAUCAAACAGAAAGGACGACUCGUAGAACACGAAAGGAUAGAUAUAGGCAACUUCGAGCCUCCUUAAUAGCAGCAGCAGCAGCGAAUGAUCCUGGAGGUCACAACCUUAGAGAAUAUUCACUGAUUCCUUUUCGUGCGAACUCUGCUUAG